AUGGAACAAAAGAUCGCCGCCGAGGAGAACAAGAUGGCCGUCGACAGCUCAACCACGUCGACCUACGAAGCAGCUGCUUCAGGCACCGCUGCCAAAGUCAGCUUCCGCGACAAGGCCACCGACAUCUUGUCCCAGCUCGGUACACGCGAUGCCUGGCUGGGAGACUACGACUAUUGGUACCUCGUAACGCCAAACAUUCCGCCGUUCAACAGGAAAUACAAGCACAAGACGAUGCCGUUCUAUGGCCUCCACGACCGCGUCCCUAUCCUCUUGACUCUCAUCCUCGGUCUGCAACACGCGCUCAUCAUGAUAGGGUCGGUGGCCUCGCCCCCGCUGGCCGUCGCAUCUGGAGCGUUCCAUCUCGAGCAAGCCCAAGUCUCGUACCUUGUAUCCGCGGCCUUCAUCACCACCGGCAUCGCGACGGCCUUUCAAGUCACACGGGUCCAUCUCAAAGGCACGCCGUUCUACAUUGGCACGGGUCUGUUGUCGGUCGUCGGACCCACGUUCGACAUCAUCCCCAUUGCCUUCUCGUAUACCAGCAUGCGCUACAACAACGGAACCUGCCCGACCGCUGACGAUGGGACCCAACUCCCGUGCCCCGACGCGUGGGGUGCGUUCCUCGGUACAAUGCUCUGCACCGUCCUCAUCCAGAUCUUGAUGUCUCUUGUGCCCCCCAGCCUUCUCAACAAGAUCUUCCCCAAGGUCGUCACAGGCUCGUUGUUGCUGCUGGUCGGUGUGUACCUGGUCGGCAACGGAAUGCAGAAUUGGGGCGGUUCAUCCAACUGUAACGGCGGCGAGGGGUUUUAUGCCCUGUGUCCCAGUGUCGCUGCGCCGAAGCCGCUGCCCUGGGCAGACCCGAAACUGAUCGGCCUUGGAUUCAGCGUCUUUGUCAGUAUCGUCAUCGUCGAGCAGUUUGGUGCUCCUAUCAUGAAGUCCAUGUCUGUCUUGCUCGGUCUUGCUGUGGGUUGUGCGAUCUCUGGAGCGACAGGCUAUUGGUCCCGGGAGAACAUCGACUCUGCUCCCGUGGUCACCUUCCUCUGGGUUCACACCUUCAAGCUAUCGGUCGACGGAGCUCUGGUCCUGCCAUUGCUCAUCAUGUUCAUCUGCCAGGGCGUGAGCUGCAUGCCCGACAUUCUCGCCACUGCCGAGAUAUCCAACGUCGACGUCGAGGGCACCGAGUUCAACAGUCGGAUCCAGGGUGGAAUCCUCUGCGACGGGUUGGGCAGUUUGUUCAGUGCCCUGGGCACGGCUGGACCCAUGGUUUCUCAGGCUGGAAACAACGGCGUCAUCGUCUUGACGGGUUGUGCAUCUCGUCGUGCAGGCUGGGCCGCUUCGUUCUUUCUCGUGCUUAUGGGCUUCUUCGCGAAAUUCGGUGCCGUCUUCUCCGCCAUGCCGCCGUCGGUGCUCGGUGGGAUGCAAGUCUUUCUGUACAGCACCAUCGUCGUGGCUGGUAUCCGCAUCCUCGGAAUGAUCCAGUUCACCCGGCGGAAUCGGUUCAUCCUGACCAUCGCGCUCGGCAUUGGCUUCAUCGACAUCGUCCAGCCAAAGUGGUUCAGCCAGAUCCUCGACUACAGCGGAUCGAACGUGAACCUGCAAGGGUUCGAGCAAGGUAUCAACCUCGUCGUGGAGACUCCUUUCAUCAUCGCCGCCGUCAUCGGAGUGUUUUUGAACCUUGUGUUCCCCAACGACAAGAGCGAAAUGGACGAAAUCAUGUACGGUACUACUACCGACUCGAGAGGGGCACCUACGUCUCUUCCCCAGAUGGAGCAUCGUAGAGACGACUAG